GACAAUUGCCGGAUUCAUCUUGUCUCUAUUGCUUCUCGCCUAUUAUCUGUAUGCCUGUCGUGUAUGCUGGAGAGCAGUUGGAUGGACUGCAGAUGAACAUCGUAAGCGAAAAGACAUGAGGAAGCAUGAGGUUUCUCGAGUAAUGGUGGCCAGUGAUGAAUUAUAUACAAACUAUUAG